AUGGCCUUUGACCGCUUCAUCGCAAUCCGUGACCCACUGAGAUAUGCCUCCAUCUUAACCCUGCCGAGAAUAGCCAAGAUGGGACUGGUGUGUGUUCUAAGAGGGGUGGCCAUAAUGCUCCCACUCCCCCUUCUCCUGAAACAGUUCCAAUACUGUCGAGCCAAUGUCCUCUCCCAUUCUUACUGCCUGCACCAGGAGGUCAUGACAAUGGCAUGUGCGGAUAUCAGUGUCAACAAUAUCUAUGGCUUGUUUAUUACAGUCAUAACGGUGCUCUUGGACUGGCUGCUCAUCUUCCUCUCUUAUGUGAUGAUCCUCAAAACAGUGCUGAGCAUCACAUCCUACAAGGAGUUCCUCAGGGCCCUGAACACCUGCAUCGCCCACCUCUGCGCCGUCCUUCUCUUCUACAUGCCAGAGUUCAGCCUGGCUCUGAUACACAGAUUCGGGAAGGGCUCUUCUCCCUUGCUUCCGAUUGUCCUGGGCUACGUCAAUCUGCUGGUUCCUCCUCUGAUUAACCCUAUCGUGUACAGCAUGAAAAGCAAAUACCUUCGUUCAAGGAUAAUCAGGAUGUUCGUUAAGUGA